UCAACUCACCUUCGUGAAGUUACCCAACCCACUUCUACCAAGUUACUCAGUCCAUCGUUUCUACAUUGUCUAUCAUGAAAUGGAUUCUUGCCUCCCUUAUUCUCGCUGUUCUGACGUCCAUAGCUACAGCGACCUUAACCCCUGAUUCGCCUAUCCAGAAUCUUACAACGGCGGCAAAUCCGGACACUCGCUGUGCAAGCCAGAGGAACCCCAAUGGUACUGGUCAAUGCUCUGCCUGCGUUGCGUUACAGGAUACCAACAGACGAAACAUAUGUGCGUUCGAUCGGAACACUCUGGACUGCGUCGCUCGACCCAGCGGAGCAUUGCCUGUCAAUCUGGUGGGUAACGAGAACGCCGUCCAGUGCACUACGUUGCAACAAAUUGCCAUAGAAACUCCCCGCUUCACUGCGAACGAGUUGCAACGGGCUCGCACCGAGUGGGGUAGGAUGCAGAAUCAUGUCUUCAACGGUGAAGCCAACGAUCCCACCUCCGGAAGACACCUCUUCACCACAUGGAGACAGAGGAAUAGCGGUCCAGGCCGAUGUGACGAUGCCACCAACCUCUGUGCCUUCAACAAUAAUGCGAAGACGGUGUGGAACGAUUGUCCUGCCCGAUACACUAGGCAGGACGUGCAAGACAUCUGCACGGCUUCUAUUCUGUUCAAUAUUAGACACAACAGGAUGGCCAACAGCAGGAACUCGGUCGUGAGGUCGAGGUUUGGCAGAACCAUGUGCAUUGAACAUCUUGUCACUGCCGCCAACACGCCAUCCUGUUUCCCGAUCGGCAUCGGUUUUACCAAUGCCCCCGUCGAUUCCUCUAGGGCAUGUACUCCCGGCCAACAGAGUACCACCGGUCCCACCAGACCUAUUGCGAUGGCACAGGGGUGUUGAGACCGGAUUCUGAGCCGGGCAGAUGAUAUACUGGUGUUGCGGGAUUACUGUGUCCGGAGUGGUUCCUAGUGAUAACCAAUGUUUUGAAUGUAUCGAACAAAGUCGAACUUGAAUCAAAUAUGCCUGCAUGCUUUCAAGAGAAUCCUGAUUCUGGGAAUCUAUCCUGAGAAUUGGAGCAAAUAGAAUACUUUUCAGCGU